UUUGUCACGUGAGCUGUACUCAACUGUGUGUCGACUUUGAGGUAAACAGGAGACAUCUGAUUCAUGUUUUCAGCAAACUGGUCGACAAUGAGACCGUUCGUGUCUUCUCUUGCACGGAGAGACCCCAUUUGUUCACUGAGAAAUUUUAAUAAUUUAUUAUCAACGUUUACCACACGAGCUGAUGACGUCAUUCAGCGUGUUAUUCGAGUGGAUCAUGCAGGAGAGUUCGGUGCCGAUCGAAUCUACGCAGGCCAGAUGACUGUCUUGGGUCGGACAUCGAGCGGUCCGAUCGUUCAAAAAAUGUGGGACCAGGAAAAAAUCCAUUUACUAGAAUUUCAAAAUUUGGGAAGAAGUCGACGUGUUCGACCGACUGUGUUCAUGCCUUUGUGGAAUGUGGCUGGAUUUUUGUUGGGCGCCGGGACCGCUCUGAUGGGGAGCGAGGCCGCGAUGGCGUGUACUGUGGCCGUCGAGGAAGUCAUCGGCGAGCAUUACAACAAUCAGUUGAGGACUCUUGUGGAGGGUGAACACGCGUGUGAUACUGAGUUACUGGACACGAUAAAACGAUGCAGAGAUGAUGAACUGGAACAUUUAGAGAUCGGGUUGCAGUUUGGAGCCGACAAGGCACCGUUUGUUGAAACUCUGUCGCAAGUUAUCAAACAAGGCUGCAGAGCCGCUAUUUGGUUGUCCGAGCGAGUAUAGCAACUUCCUUUCAGCAGAUUGUGACAACUAGCUUGUAAUA